AUGGAAAAAAUAGUGAAAGAGAAAGAGCCUCUAAUAAGCAUUACGAACCGCAAGGGUGGCUUCAGGACCUUGCCAUUCAUCAUAGCAAACCAGGCAUUUGAGAAAAUGGCAAGUUUUGGGAUAUUGCCAAAUAUGAUUUUGUAUUUGACAAGAGAUUAUGGUAUGGAGGCUGCUGAAGCCACCAAUGUAAUCCUCUUCUGGUCAGCGGCUACAAAUUUCACGCCUGUUGUUGGUGCUUUUAUUGCUGAUUCCUAUGCGGGUCGAUACCCUACGAUUGCUUUUGGAUCUGUUGUUAGUUUCCUCGGAACACUACUUUUUUGGCUAACAGCUAUGAUUCCAGAACUAAGUCCUUCUUGUGACCAAUUUACAAAGAGGUGCAGCUCUCCAACAACAACUCAACUUGCAUUCUUAUAUUCUUCUCUUGGCCUCAUGUCCAUUGGAGCUGGAGGUGUAAGGGCUUCUUCCUUGGCCUUUGGCAUAGACCAAUUAGACAGGAAGGACAAAGAUGUAGGAGUCAUAGAGAGCUACUUCAACUGGAGCUAUGCUUUAACUGCUGUGGCAAUCCUAAUUGGAAUGACCAAUUUGGUGUAUAUUCAAGAAAAUUUUGGGUGGAAGGUGGGAUUUGGAGUACCUGUAGUCCUCAUGUUCAUGUCAAUGGUAUCUUUCUUUUUAGCCUCUUCACUAUAUGUCAAACUGGAAGCUAAAGGCAAUGUGAUCAGUGGGUGUGCUCGAGUUGUUAUAGCCUCUUACAGGAACAGACACCUUAGCUUACCACUACAUGUCUCCAAUGACAUGUACUAUUGUGAAAAGGAAUCAACUAUGCUUAUGCCAAGUGAUAAAUUAAGGUUUCUAAACAAAGCCUGCCUUAUUAAAAAUUCUGUACAAGACCUUACCCAAAAUGGAAGAGCUGAAAACCCAUGGAAUCUUUGCACAGUGGACGAAGUGGAAGCACUCAAAGCACUAAUCAAGAUUAUCCCAAUUUGGAUUACAGGAAUGAUAAUGUCUGUGAAUUUGAGUCAGGGUUCUUUUUCUGUGUUGGAGGCAUCCUCCAUGGAUCGCCACAUUACUUCACACUUUGAAAUUCCUGCAGCUUCCAUGGGGACAUUUAUGAUUAUCUCUACAGCAGUUUGGAUUGUCCUCUAUGAUCGUGUUGUAAUCCCCUCUACAUCCAAAAUAGCAGGUCUACAUUAUCGUCUUAGAGUAAAGCAGAAAAUGGGAAUUGGACUUUUUGCAGUUUGUUUAUCAACAGCAUCACUGGCAGUUGUAGAGGGUAUCAGGAGGAAAAUGGCAAUAGAGGAAGGCUUCUCAGAGUAUCCAGAGGGGGUUGUGAACAUGUCAGUGCUGUGGCUAUUGCCACGGCAAGUCCUUGAUGGUUUUGCUGAAGCUUUCAAUGCAGUUGGGCAAAAUGAGUUCUUUAUCUGUGAGCUGCCUCAAUCAAUGUCUAGCAUAGGAUCCACUCUUUCUGGGUUAGGGAUGUCAGGUGCAAAUCUAAUAGCUAGUUUACUUAUGAGUGUUGUUGACAAAGUUACCAAAGGAGAGGGAAAGGUCAGUUGGGUUUCAAGCAACAUAAACAAGGGUCAUUAUGAUUACUAUUACUGGCUUAUUUUUGGAUUGAUGUUGGCCAAUCUCCUGUAUUUCCUUUACUGUAGUAAGGCAUAUGGACCUUGUAAGGGAGAAGAAAAUGAAGGUCAAGAUGAAAGACAUUAG